CCAAUGAGUGUGAGACGUUGAGUGACAGCUGUCCAAUAGGCACUCUCAGUGCUAGCACGGUUUGCGGCUUAAGCACUGCCGCGGUCUGAGGAAUGUCAACUAUUCAACAUGGAGGCGGAGGUCGAUAAGCUGGAACUGAUGUUCCAGAAAGCUGACUCUGAUCUGGAUUACAUUCAAUACAGGCUGGAAUAUGAAAUCAAGACUAAUCAUCCUGAUACAGCAGGCAAGAGAAAUCCAGUUACACUCUUAAAGGAAUUGUCAGCAAUAAAGUCUCGAUAUCAAACUUUGUAUGCCCGCUUUAAACCGAUUGGUAUAGAACAGAAAGAGAGUAAGAACCGCAUUUGUGCUACUGUCAAUAAGACGAUGACCAUGAUACAAGAACUACAAAAGCAAACAGAUGUGGAGCUGUCACCACUAACUAAAGAAGAGAAAACUGCAGCAGAGCAAUUAAAAUCUUUUGUUCAGACUUAUGAAGAAGUGGACUUGCAAAAGGGAAUUCUAAUGGAGAGGAGAUCCAUUCCAGAAAGAUUUAAGAAGAUGUCUUGUUAGCACUCGAUGACUAGAGGUGGGGGGAUGGAGAAGGAGAUUUGGCUUGGGUAACUGGAUAGUGAUGCCUUUCACAAGAGAAGGUCCUAUAAGAAGGGCAGAUAUUAUAUGAAUAAAGUUCAGCCAAAAACAUGGAAUGGGAAUAAAGGGAUUUAAAUGUAUGUAUGUACACACAGUCUUAUUAUUUCAGACAAGGAAGUCACGUAACACUAUUUUGCAUUUGUUUUUGUAUAAUUGGGAGAAAAUGGAUGUCCUGGCCUAUCAUAAAAGGAUAUUUAUGUACUAUUGGUCAGUAGAUAUGAAUGAGCAUGCUUUGGAAAUUAACGGAUAGAAAAAAUAUUUGUAUUAUAUUAUACAUUAUAUGUAUAUAAUUUUAUUUUUGAAAAGUUUUGAUUAUAGGUAAUGGUCACAUUAUUGGAGACUGCUAAUAUGUGACCUAAAAUCCUCCACAAAAGCUAACAUUAGUAAUAAUAAAUUGGCUUUUCUAUGACA